AGAUUAAAAAGAGAAAGAAAAAAAGGUAAGCCUUCCAUGUCAAGCCUCGGUCACGCUUGUAGUGUCGCUGGGGUCACGCCAUAACGGGGGCGUGACGUCUCGGUCAAGCCCCAUACUCCCAUAACAACACAUUGUCCAACACUCGCCAAGCCUCCCCUGCGGCUGUGUUACAGCUUCACUCCCGCCAGCUUGGCCUUCAACCUCACCAAUCGUCGUCUCCCAAAAACCAUUCAAUGAGACUGCAAAUCCUCGCCCAGUUCAUGGGAAGGUGGAAAUCCGCUCCUCCUCCACCUGCUGCUGCCGCUCUCUCUCUCACAGCUAUAUCCCCAAAACCAAAACUAAUCGGCCACAAUCCCAUUCACCCAGUGAGCUCAGAUUUGCGCCCCAUCUCUCGAAUCUUCAACUCCAAGCCCUUCUCCGCCGCUCCAUGGCCGUAUCCUCUCUACAUCGACGAUUUCGAGUGCAACCCUGUGGAGUCUGCCCGGAUUCAUAAGCCCAAAGAGGACGAAGAGCCUGGAAAAAUCCAAAUCAAAGCUUAUUUUCUCUCUACCAGUAUUGACUUGAAGAGCUUGCAAGCUGAGCACUCGGGUAAUGUCAUUCCUCAGUCCUCACGGUCAUCAAACUAUGUGGUACUCAGAUUCCACAAUCAUCUAUUAUCCAGUACCAUUGGAGCUGGAGAAAAUGCAAACCGCUUCCACUACGUGGUUGUCUUUCAGUAUGGCUCAGCUGUACUGUUCAAUGUUGAUGACGAUGAAGCUGAAUGCUACUUGCAAAGAGUGAGAAGAUAUGCAAGUGGAUUGCUUCAUGAGAUGAAAAAAGAUGAUUAUGCAGUCAAAGAGAAGCCAUCAUUGGUUGAGGAUAUGGAGGGUCGCCCAGACUACAUUGUGCUGAAAAUUGUGGAUACGGAUAGUAUCCGUGUAAUUAGCAGUGUGCUUGGGCAAAGUAUUGCACUUGAUUACUUUGUUUCACAGAUUGAUGGAAUGGUUGAGGAUUUUGCUAAUAUCAACCGUGAAAUGGACAGAACUGGAAAUUUUACAAUGGACAGGAAGAAGCUCUUUCAGCUCGUUGGCAAGGCUAAUUCAAACCUAGCCGAUGUCAUAUUGAAAGUUGGUCUUUUUGAGAGAUCUGAAAUUGCUUGGAGAGAUGCAAAGUACGCUCAGAUACUGGAGUACCUGUCAGAGGAAUACGAGGUUACACAACGUUUUUGCAACCUUAACAUCAAACUCAAAUUUAUUGAGCAUAACAUCCAUUUUCUGCAGGAAGUUCUUCAAAACAGAAAAUCAGAUCUAUUGGAGUGGUGCAUCAUAGUGUUACUAACCAUUGAGAAUAUUGUUUCUGCAUAUGAAAUCCUUCACAACACAACUGCUGCUGCUGCCAUUUGUUGACUUCAUGUAGAUUAAGAAAAAUGUUGGAAAAGUUGCUAGAAUAGUAGAAAGUGAGUGAUUAGAAUUUAGUACUCUUUCCGUCCUUAAAAGAUUGUCACACUUUGACUUUUUUGGUCAAACUGCAACACCCUUUGAGCACAAAUUAAAUAUAGUUUAAAAUAAUUAAAUAUUAUAAAAAAUUAAAAUUUCAAAAUAAAUCUAAUUUUACUAAAUUUACAUUAUAACUAAACAUAUUUUUUUCAUAAUUUGCGGUUAAAGGGUG